AUGGAUUACAAAAACGAUUAUCAUUCGGACGAUGACUUCGAUUGCUCUAACGGUUAUAGCGACAGUUAUAACGGUGCAAACGGCAACGGACAGGGCCAAAUGUCCAAUCCGCAUGGACUAUCGAAAGCCGAGCUGAGAAAGACGAACAAGCCAAUUAUGGAGAAGCGACGGCGAGCACGCAUAAAUCAUUGCCUAAACGAGCUCAAAUCACUAAUUCUGGAAGCAAUGAAGAAAGACCCCGCCCGUCAUACAAAAUUGGAGAAGGCCGACAUUCUGGAGAUGACGGUAAAGCACUUGCAAUCCGUUCAGCGACAACAGCUCAACAUGGCCAUUCAAACCGAUCCGACCGUGGUGCAUAAAUUCAAGACCGGCUUCAUAGAAUGCGCCGAGGAAGUCAAUCGUUACAUUAACCAAUUGGAUGGCGUUGAUGCUAUGGUUCGCCAGCGUCUCACCAAUCACCUCAAUAGCUGCGCCAGUAACUUGGAGCAACUGGGCUCGAUGAGCAAUUUCAAUAAUGGCUACCGCGGCCAACUAGGCAUGGGCAUGUCCGCCCCGAGCAGUUUGUUUGGUGCCACUUUGGCCGCUAAUCCAUUAACAAUGGCUGCUGCCGGCGCGCCUGCAGCGCUUUUUCCGCCGAUGCCACAAGACUUAAACAACAAUAAUAGCAACAAUGGAAAUUUCGGCAACAAUCUCACCGCAGCAGCAGCAUCGGCCAUGCCACCGGUGCAAAUGGGUGGCGUGCAACUGAUACCAUCGCGUUUGCCAUCCGGCGAAUUCGCACUUAUUAUGCCGACCACAGCGCAUGCGAACAUUGUGAGUAACAACAACAAUGCCGCACCAUUUGUGAACUUUCCGCACGGUCGGAAUUCCGCCGCGCCAACAUCUCCAGCGGCAAGCGCAACAACAGGCGCUGCAGCACCCACAGCCAUGCCCGCAACCGGCAUCCCCAUCAACGACUUUGCGGCGAAUUUCAAGCGUUUAAGCGCCUUCAGCCGACCGCCAGUUGCGCCAACACAACUGCAGGUGAACGCGGUCGCUCCAGUCCAUGUCGCUCAGCUGAAUAACAAUGUCGGCUUCUUGGCUGCCAGCGCACUACAAACGCAGCAACAGCAACAACGUGCUGCAGCACCCGCACACCAACUGCACCAUCAAAGCUCCACAGCCACCAACAGCCCUCCGCUCAGUCCCAUCUCAUCGGUGUCCAGCCAGGGCGAAGACUCACUGAUGCACACCAGCUCCGAUUUCACUGGCUCGCGUCCAGCCACACCACCGCUCGACGUGACCGGCGACCACCAACAGGAGCACAGCUUCUCCGGUGUUUUCUCCACACCAAACAGCGCCGACUCAUCGCACUCCAACUUAACCAGCUCCGCUGCAUCGCUUUCGUCAGCUGCCAGCAGCACUGCCAAAUUGUCACUGCAUUUGCAACAGCAACAGGUGUCCUCUACCAGCGGCAGCGCCGGCAACAGUUGCAACACCAGCACCAGCAGUCUCGGCCUCGGCAGUAACAACAACAACGAUUGCAGCGACAGUGGCGUCGAAUUGAACGGCUCAUUGAAGCGCUCGCUGGACGAUGAAGCGGACUCGAGCGAUGCGUGCGAGGCACCAGCCAGCAAAAAAAUUGCCUUGGACUUGCCUAAAAGCAAUGAGACGUCAUCGGAGGCCACUUUGGUUAAGCAAAAGCACAAAUUGCAGGAGCUGAAAGAGGACGGCGAUAAUAUGUGGCGACCGUGGUGAAGCGCUGAGCUGGUCCACUUUGUCUGGCGCAAAGUGCGAUUUAGAGACGGCAAGGUGCGUGCUGAAUAGCUUACCAACUUGGCGGUUUUUUUGAUGAAUUUGAAAAAGAUUUUUCAGUGCAACAACAACUAUUUUGUUUUCUGUUCACUCACUUGUCAAUGUUAAGUUUUAAGGUUUUUCUUUGCCUAUUUAAUUUUUGACCUUUGUUUUUGAAUGUUUUGUACAUGUGUUAGUGUUGAAAGUAACUUUUGAAUUGGAACAUGGCAAACUCGCAUUUUAGUCUUAUGUUCAAUAGGAAGAGACAGAUGUAAGCCUACGCCCAUGUACAUAUUUACUAAGGCUUACGUCGUCACUUUAUUAUUAUAUUUAUUAGCAUAUUUUGUUUUUGUGCUUCAUCUAACUGUGAAGCGAUGAUUUAUGUUUUAAGUCUCGUCUAAGGUUGUUCAAUUUUGUCAUAUGUUUAUUUGUAUGUAUAUACUAUAUAUAAAAAUUUAAUGGAUAUUUCAUUUUGAUGUUCUGAUUGACUUAGCGUGUAAUAUCAAAUAAGACAAAUAUUUUAAGUUUAACAAAUUUUGUUUUCGCUUGUUUUGUUUUUUAUUAUUUUAAAUUGUAACUAAAAUACAGUUAGAUAUUAAUGUCAGCGCACAUUGGCUGCUGCGUGUUUAAGUCAUUUCUUUUGUUAAGCAUACUUUUAGGAUUUACACGUGAUCAUAUUUUAAGGAAAGAUAUUUCAUUGAUUAUUUGUGAAAUGAUUAUUCUCAUAACAAUAGAUUAUACUUUGAAUUCCAUAUAAGAGACAUGCAAAUAUUAUUUGUAAAUAAAUUUAAUUCUUUAGAGAGCGUUCAUUUGCCAAGAAAAAUGGAGAGUAAAGUAGAGCAAUUAAUUCCUUAAUUAGUAUUUUAAGAAUGGAUCUGUAAACAAAC